AUGAUCAUUGACUCGGACAGGAGUACGGCCUCUACAUCCAGAGGACCCGAGGAGAGUUUCGAUGUUACAUGGGGUGCAGCAUCGUCUUCAAGCCCUUCGCAAUCACUUGCGCAGCCCAGUGUCGUUGGCGAAAGCUGGUAUGCGUCGUAUGUUAUGAGAGGCUAUACUCCUGGUCACAGCAGUGUUCAUCGUCCAAUUGGCGACUGCAGCGAGACAGUCCAAGACGUUACUUGCACAACAAGGACCAAGGACUCUUCGAGCAACCAAUCCCAACCUCUGGAAAAGCCUGGGAUGUCUGAUCCUCCACGACCAGAACUCGUGGACGCUCUGAUGAAGGCUUACUUCGAUCGGUUCCAUACCUUCUGUCCGAUACUUGACAGAAAGGCAUUUUUCACCUCGCUACAUGACGGAACGGUAUCGGUAACUCUACUGAGGAGCGUUCUCUUUGUUGCAUCGCUUCACUGUGAUCUGGAGGUUCUGCAUCACAUGGGGCACAGCACUCGUUUAGAUGCCAAUCAUAAGCUUUUCACCGAUGCAAGUGCUUCUUUCGACAUGGACAGAGACUCGAGCCGAGUCGACAUGAUACUAUCAUCCUACCUUUUGCAUUACUGGUUUGGCAAUCCUACAGCAUACCGGGAUUGCCACUGGUGGAUCGCUGCUGCUAUUCGUUCUGCUCAGUGCACGGGUUAUCAUCGAAGCACGGCUAAUAGCCAGAUGCCCUCCGAGCGGAGGUCGCGAUGGAAGCGGAUCUGGUGGUGUCUGUAUGUACGCGAUCGUCAAAUCGCCAUAUCGACUGGUACUCCGAUGGUCAUCAAUGACAUGGAUUACGACGUUGAGGAACUUGUUGUAGAGGACCUUGCAGACGAGCCAAUCGAGACGGCUCAAUACAUUGUUGCGCAGGUGAAAUUGAACAAAGCAGUAUGUUAUCAUUACUACUUGAUCAACAUAUACCAGAGGUUACAGAGACAGUGCAAUAGAUCUCGAGAGACAAAGCCCGUGCUAGACGCCGCUACAAAGGUCUUUGACCUGGUGGAAAACUCGUUGCUUUACUGGACGCCAGAGCAAUUUCCCAUGAUCUAUGUAUCGGCUUUGUUCUCUGCUAUGAUGGCUCUUGCUGUAGAUGGGAGUACCGCAGCUCCCAAAGGUGAUCAGAUCUUUGGUAAGAUCCGUCGAGGCCUCCUCGCUUUGAAACAAUUUGAACCCGUCUAUAAUUUGGCAAAGUGGAUCAGAAACUUCUUCAUGGACAUCAUAAGUCGCUCUGAGCAGGAAGGGAGGGCCCAUGAACAAGAGCCAGCGGCCAAUCAGUCCGGGGAUCCAUCUGGAGGCUCAAACGAAACCGAAGAGAUGGGUCAUUCUCUACCGGCCAUCCAUGCGGAUCCAGCAUCGUUUCCCACAUCAGGUAUGGGCCUUGAAGACCCGACGUUCAUGCUCGACACCGAGGAUAAUACAAGCUUCUGGCCAGAGUAUAUGGCCAACGGUGUAUUUUCGAGCACUCAUUCUGGAGAGGCUAUGGACUUCCCACAACCUGACUCGACGCAGUAUCAAGCAAUUAGCAGAGCAGGUCUCUACAUACUUGGACUGGCCACAAUCGGUGCUGCUGGUUCAUUUAGCACUGUCGACUGGUCCAGAAACACUUUAUUCAACUUCUUUAGUGUUGAAGAUGCCAAAUCUAUAGAGGGUCUUCGCAAAGGUGUACUCAACUCCAUACACUCUCGGCCGUCAACACAGUCAUUAGAAAACACUGGCAAGAUUGAUCAUGAUACUUCGCCAGCCAACAUCCAAGCCGCAUGCAAAGAGUUUGCAGCGAUAUUGGGUCCUGAGAAUGUGUCCACAGACCAAGCCGACCUUAUUACCCAUUCUGGAUCAGACUAUCAGUCUUAUGCAUGGACUGAGGAAACCGCCAUUUGCUCUCAUGUCAUUCUCUAUCCGGAAACAACCGAGCAGGUCUCGGAGUUGAUGAAGGUGUGUUUCCGGAGAAAGAUACCGGUGACGCCUUACUCGGGUGGCACUUCAAUCGAGGGACAGUAUAUCCCCCAUCUACAAGGCAUAUGCAUCGACUUCACUCGAAUGAGCAACAUCGUGGAGCUAAAUAAGCAUGACUUGGACUGUGUCGUUCAACCCGGCAUUGGCUGGAUGGACUUGAACGAAGAGCUUGCAACACACGGGCUGUUCUUCCCUCCUGACCCUGGCCCAGGCGCUAUGAUUGGUGGAAUGGUAGGAACAGGCUGUUCUGGGACCAACGCUGCGGCAUAUGGGACCAUGAAAGACUGGGUUCUAUCACUUACCGUCGUACUUGCCGAUGGUACCAUCAUUAAAACCCGUCAGCGAGCAAGAAAGUCAAGUGCAGGCUAUGACUUGACUCGAACCUUUAUCGGAAGCGAGGGCACAUUGGGUCUGGUGACGGAAGCGACCCUCAAACUCUCAGUAAAACCUCCCUGCGAAGCCGUUGCUGUGUGCACAUUCCCAUCUCUGCGCGACGCAGCAUCUGCAGUACGAGACGUACUCUCUGCGGGCAUCCAAGUCGCAGCCGUUGAAAUCCUGGAUGACGUCCAAAUGAAGAGCAUCAACGACUCUGCUUUAACAACGAUUAAGUGGAAGGAAGAACCAACUCUAUUCUUCAAGUUCACUGGAAGUGACGAUUUCAUCGUACAGCAUCUGGCCAAGCAGGUCGGUGGCAUCACGAAACAUAAUCGGAGUACGGAGUAUACCUUUGCCUCCGAUGAGAAUGAACGCAACGAGUUAUGGUCAGCGAGGAAAAACGCGCUCUGGAGUAUGAUUGCCAUGAAAAAAUCGCCAACGGAUAAGGUCUGGACGACGGAUGUCGCGGUGCCCAUGAGUCGUCUUCCAGAUAUCAUCGACUUUGCCAAAGCCGAUAUCGAGAAGUCGGGCUUGCUUGGGUCUAUCGUCGGACAUGUAGGCGAUGGUAACUUUCAUACAUUACUUUUAUUUCCUGAAGAUAAGCGACAUGUUGCGGAAGGUAUCGUCCAUCGGAUGGUCGAUAAGGCGAUUGAAAUGGAAGGAACCGCAACUGGGGAGCAUGGUGUUGGACUUGUGAAGAGGGAUUACUUGGAGAAGGAGCUUGGGAAGGAGACCGUGGACGCAAUGCGAUCGAUGAAAAACGCGUUUGAUCCGAUGUGUAUCUUGAAUUGCGAUAAGGUCAUUCGGAUGCAGGCAGCGGAAUGA